UUCCAUUUCAUUUCCAGUUUCCCACCUCAAUUAUUGCCUCCCCUCUCCUCUCCCCUCAGCCUCUCUCCUCCGUUCCAUCUCAUCGCUCGCACCCCGCAUCCAAUGGCGGUGGCGCUGUGGACGCUGCUGGUCGUCGUGGCGGCGGCUGGCGAGGCGGCGGGGGCGGCCACGUCGAUGGCGGAGGAGGAGGCGCACGCGGUGCUGCGUGCGCACGAGCUGCCGGGGGGGCUUCUUCCUGCGGGGAUCGAGGAGUUCCGGUACGACGCGGACAGCGGGCGGUUCGAGGCGGUGUUGGAGGCCGCGUGCACCGCGAGGUUCGAGGUGGGGCUGCGGUACAACGCCGCUGUGGCGGGGGUCAUCAGCAAGGGCCGGAUCGCGGCCAUCUCAGGGGUCGCCGCGCAGGACCUCUUCAUGUGGUUCCCCGUCCGCGGCAUCCGCGUCGACCUCCCCUCCACCGGCGUCAUCUACUUCGACGUCGGCGUCGUCAAGAAGCACUUCCCGCUCGCCGUCUUCGACGCGCCGCCGCCCUGCACGCCCGACCCGCUCCUCCGUACGGCCCCGCAGCGGCUGGAGGACGGCGACGUGGACGGAUUGGUGGUCGACGGCGCGGCAUCGCAAUGAUGGACCGAUUCGACGGUGCACGCCGAGCCAGAACCAGAAGCGCAGUUUUGAGAGAAGGAGCUGAUCGGCCGAUCGGUCGCCGCGGCGGCCUCUGUGCAGAUAUAUAGCGUGGGCAUUCGUUUUGUUUGCUACUCCUAGCUAGUAACCAACCUCUCGUCACUCUGGUCUUGUUGUCGUUCAUGUCCGUGUCCCUUGCGGGCGGUACCCGCCGGCCGGCAGCCACGGUGGCACGGAGAGAGCUGCCGAUUCGGCGGACAGCGACGGGGGGCGCAUGUAUGUUCUCUCGCGCUCUGCGCCCUUCUCCUGUAGCUCCUCAUGCUCCCGUGGCCAUGUCGACGGCGGCGGCCGUCGGCGAUAUUUUUCGCGGUAAUGGAUGGUUUUUGUACAUGUCAAGUCUUGUUGAAACGAUGAUUACUCCUACAUGUUUC